AUGACGGACACAGCGACAUCGACGCCGUCCGAGCCCAGCCGAAUGAAACACAGGAUGGACGCCGAACUCACCCGCGUUCUCUCCAGUACAGUGGAUGAGCUGGGUCUGGAAUGGUCUCCUCCAGAGGAACCAUCCCGUUGGCAAUGCCCAAUUGGAGCCUAUGCCAAGUUUGCUGCUGCUCCUCUUAUAGUUCACAAAAUCACCAACCCAUGUAGAAGCCCUACAGACUGCAUCUCCCAACUCAGUAAGAACAUCAUUCAGCUCAGGAAACCGGAGAAUGAGCCCUCUCUCAACCUUCAGAGAGGUGGUUUCAAUGCUAAAAACAAUUGUGCCAUCUCGCUCAUCCAGACAGUGAAGUCUCGGACAGGUCCUGGUGAGUAUCUGCGUAAUGCCCUGUGGCACACAGGAGACACACCAGGGGAAGAUACUUUGCUCUGGAACGACCCAAGAAAUGUGGGCUGGAAGGACAGAAUGUCCUAUCGCUGGCACCUCACUCACCGUCCACAGGUGGGCUACAUACGAUUGAGAUUGUAUGAAGGUACAGCCCUAGUGGCAGAUUCAGGAGUCGUGAUUGACACAACUAUGAGAGGAGGGCGGCUGGGCGUCUUCUGUUUCUCUCAGGAGAACGUCAUAUGGUUUAAUAUCAGCUAUAGAUGCAAUGAUUCCAUCCCAGAUGAUUUUAUUCUGUACCAGAAGCAGAUGAAUGUGAGGACAUAAGCAUCUCCUCAUCUCAAGAAGCUACAUCUAACUGUGUGAUUGUGUAUGUGUGUUUGAAGUGGUA